AUGGAACAAGGAAGAAAUAAAGUGUUCAUAAAUCCUAAUUUUAAUAAGAGACCAAGCAACAACAUCCCUGUGGGGAAUGUGCCAGCAAUGCAUGUUAAUCCAAACUUCUAUCAACACUUCCACAAUGUGCAAUCAUUGUCUAAGCCAAAAAUCUUUAUAAAUCCUAACUUUGUUCGGCCUAAUGUAACCAACAAUCACCAAAUUCAGUAUGUGAGUACUCCACACUCUUAUGUGAAGCCGAGCCCCCUCGCGGACAGUAGUAAUACGUUGAUUGCAACAGGACCUUCACAUACUAGACACAAGUCUCAAAAUGUAGCAAAUCAUAAUUUUGAUAGACCCAGUAGAGUAGAUAAAUCAGUUCCAUAUGUAAAUAAUAAUACUCAUGUUACGAAUUGUUAUAUUAAACCUGGCCCCCUCAGGAACACAUUGGCAGAAAGUUCUACUCAAACCAGCUCAGUUCCACAACAACCCUUCCAGACAAACUCCCGUUACUCCCUGGUGAGGUUUAAGAAACCUGAGGAGCCAUUAAUUAAUAUUAUCAAACCACAAACAAGUACAAUAAAAAUUACCAAAUAUAAAUCUAUCAAACUUACUGAUGUAAAAAAGAAUCUAGACAUUGUGAAACCAGUUGAAAAAGUAACACCAUUUAAAGUUUCUAACAAUCUCAAAUUUUUGAUUAGAACCACCAACAACCAUAAAGUUAUUUCUAAAACCCCCACCAAAACUACAAAUAGGUAUAAAUUUGUCAGAUCCACAAGUGGUAUUGGAAAGCCACAGCUCAAGAGGCAGACAUCCAAUACUUCUAAGAAAAUAAUAAGUAAUCGAACAAGAAUCAAAGCUGUUGGCGUGUACAAGAAAAACAAUAUUCCAUGCCCACAGUUUCGCAAAUAUGGAAAGUGCCUACGUAAAUUAUAUGGAAAAUGCGAGUUUCUUCAUGACAAAAAUCAUGUGUCAAUAUGCAGGAAAUUUCUCAAUGGUGUGUGCCAUAAUAACGAUUGCUUGUUGUCACACGAACUGUCUGAUAAGAAAAUGCCGACGUGCUACUUUUAUCUAAAAGGAAUGUGCACCAAAGACGGUUGUCCUUAUCUUCACGUAAAGUUGAACGAAAAGGCCAAAAUUUGCCAUGAUUUUAUGAGAGGCUAUUGUGAAAAGGGAGAUAAAUGUAUGAAUAGACAUGUGGCCAAAAGCUUAAAUAUAGAUAAAAAUAGAAAACUUAUUUUGAAGAGGGCGACACAGCAAAAGUUGAUUAAAUAUAAACUUGAAAAGAAUAAAGCAAAAAGUAAUACGAGCAGCACGCAAAAAAGAAGAACCAGUAAAGUACACUUGAACCAACAGUCUUCCCAGGAGAAUAAUGACCAUGGUAAUAGGUAUUAUAAGGAGUCAGUAGCAGAAUCAAGUACUAGCGAAAACAUGGAAAUUAAACCAUCAAGAUGUAAAUUGGGCACUUUGCCAUCUUACAUAAAAUUGUAAUAGAUUAGUCCAAUCU